CCGAUCGGGGCAAACUAUUAGGCUCUGCGUUACGCGCUACACUGCAGACCACAGCACUGGCGACCUGUAUAUAAAGACAGAACUUUCUGAAGGCCAGAAAAUAUCAUUGAUACACCAUCUCUGGAGAGUACUGGCAUAUAAAGAUCUACCCUGCCCAAUUCAAUUACACUGCCAAUCUAGUGACGUAUGGUUUUCCUCACCACCUGGAUCUUCAACUUUGUCUUGCCUAAAAGGUGGACAAAUGGGAAAUCUCAGCCCGAAAAAGAAUUGUCGUCCUCGACAGAGUCGACACACGCGGAUGCAAUCGUCAGUGGUAAUGACCAAUCCGAGUCGUCUAGAGACUUAACCGACCUUACUCUGAACGUUGCCAAGGAAUCUACUUAUGCUAUCGCUCAGGGCGGCUUCGGUGACGUAUGGAAAUGCAGAUUCUCAGACAAAGAUCAUAAUGUGGAGGUGGCGGUCAAAUGCGUAAGGAUCGAAAUUCCGGAUGACCAUUUCAAGGAAAUCGUCAACAAGAGAUUAAUGAACGACUUUCACAAAUGGAAACCACUGCGACAUGAUAACAUUGUUUCCCUGUGCGGGAUUACCUACGGGUUUGGUCCAGUACCAGCCAUUGUUUCUCCUUGGAUGCCUAACGGAUCCUUGAGCACCUAUCUCAAUAAACGCUAUGACACACUUUCUGAGGCGGAUAAGAUUGGCUUGCUUGCUGAUGUAGCUGCUGGUCUUUAUUAUCUCCACGCUAAUGAAGUGGCACAUGCAGAUCUCACAGGUAGCAAUGUACUCAUCGAUAGCGACGGAAGAGCUCUGCUAGCAGACUAUGGACUCUUGACUACAUGUUCCGAGCUGAACGGGACCUCUUACAUCAGGAGUAACGUGCGCUGGGCCGCGCCAGAGCUUUUUGAAGUUCCGGAAACCGAGGGUGUGCCAAGCUCACCGAAACUGGAGAGCGACAUUUAUUCUUUUGGAUGUGUUGCAUACCAGGUUUUAUCGGGCCGGCAGCCAUACUACGACAUUCGCAGUGAUCACCAGGUGGUUGUGGCCAUACUUAGGGGUGUGAAGCCCAAGCGGCCAGAGACCCCUGUCAUUCAAGAUUACCACUGGGACUUCAUCGAGAAAUGUUGGCUCGAGAUGUCACAGCGACCUCCUAUUGCUGAAGUCCGAGACUUGAUGUAUCGUUACAGAGAUGCUAUGUAUUAACUCAUGUUUUGUAUCAAACUGGUUCGGAAAUUGACUUUAUUAUAUGAGGAUUCAUCGUUUUACAUAGAACCCAACUUGGGGGACCCAUGAUUCGAUUGUCACACUCCAAGGCUUGCGAUCGCCAACCCCUACCUUUUCGUGUUAAUCACAUGUCCAGAUCUAUGGCAGUUUCUUCUGUUCCAGCAACGUGUAUGCCU